AGCACACAGCCUGACACUUUCUCUUUCAGCACUCCAGCCCAUUCACUGCUUUACGCUCAAAAAAACAUGGCCGACAAACCCAACAUGACUGAAAUUACAUCCUUUGAUAAAACUAAACUCAGAAAGACAGAGACCCAAGAAAAGAACCCUUUGCCAACCAAAGAAACUAUUGAACAGGAGAGACAAGGAGAGUCCACACCGUGAAUGACGUCUGUAACACAGCAGAAAGUGAAGACCAGAGACUUCAGACGAACUCAAGCACUCACUAAUGUGUCUUUUUUUAUAACUUAGAUUGUCCGUUUAAGAACUAAAUCAAAUGUGAGAAUGUAUUUCACCCUGUGAGUUCAGAAAACCAAAUAAAAUGCACCUCAUUUUUGACAC